UGCCACAGUAAAUGGCAAGAAAUUAUUUAUUAUCGCAUUAAACAGUGUGUAUACAUAUGGAAAAGGCACUGGCAGAUUUCUCCAUACAUUGGGAGAAUGUUGGACCCUUCCACGAUUUUUCCAAAGUGCUACGACAGGAAGACUACGAUGACGCAGAAACGUGCGGAGAGGAAUCUAUAACAGGUGUAAGCAGGAAGAUAACUUCUCUUGAAGCUUAUAGCCAUGACAUAGAUCCAAUAUAUGAACGAGUGCGGGAGGAAGACCUCAUUGCUAAACUGGGACGACUACACUCUAGAUGGGAUGCCAUUAUAUUCGAUCUAGAGCGUCGCCUAGAUCACAUACAUGCAAUGCACGAAGAAUGUAUACACAACGUAGAUGAAUUAACACAUAAACAGAGUACAUACUGCCUAAACUUCAAACAUGUCAACCAAAAAUUCAACAUACUAUCAGAGAGAAAGGCUACGAUAGGAGAAAAACUAGGAAUGCUGGAAGAAAUGCACAACCAUUAUUCGCAGUAUAAAGGCUUUGCACGCACGCUUCACCAAAUUGAAAAUAACGAAUUUAUACGCACAAAGACCACUAGUGAUCCUACGGCGACUGCAACGGAUGAUGAAGAACAACUACUAACACGUACCCUCGACUACGGCAACAAGAUUGCAGAUAGAUUGAAUACGAUGUUACCCGCAAUAGAUGCAUCCAUUGACUUUUUCAGCAUACAUACGGAUUACUUCAAUGCGGAAUCCACACGAUACCAGUACGAAGCAUUGCGAACCAGUAUAUUCGGCGUGAUAAAGAUGGUAUUCAAGGAAUUCUAUAACUUUGCCAACGAUAUAUCUAAGGAUGUGAAGCACUUCGACGUAGCAGAACAUUACAAUAAGUAUAGGCGUAUUGGAAGAAGCGUGCGAAAUCUAAGUAAAUACUACACUUUGCAGGUUACGGAAGUAUGUACCGCAGAAUUCUUGCAACUGCAAAUGUAUUACAUAACCAACAGGAUCAAAAUGCUAAAUCCUUUAAUGAUGCACAAGAUGGAAUCGUUCAAGGAUUUUGAAAGUAUUGCGUCAUUUUUCCUGAUAAUAUGCAACCUGGAGAUACUGACGUUCAAAGAAACAUUCGUCAGUGAUGCCACAAAUGAAUCACUAGGAACUAUGGUAGAAAAUGUAGUCUUUUAUUUUACAGAAGCAUGUAAACAACAUAUUGCAAAACUUCAAACGUCGGCGGAUAUGAGAGCGGCACUAAGCAGUCUCAAAAACAAUCUAAUAAACCCUAUAUCUAAAUCCAACAACGAAGAUGUGUUGAGCCCACUCAUGCUCAAGGCACAGAAAUUUUAUCAAACAGUCGAGAUGUUAUUGCUAAAAAAUGUACAUCGUGAUGUGAUGGAAAAUAUACGUAGAUAUGACAGGAAACCAUAUGUCGACUCCUUGUGCAAUAAUAAAGAGUUGGAGCUAGAUUGGGAUAAUGAAUUGUUGACAUCUGUAAAAGACAAUUUGAAAGGGGGAAUGGUAUACCCACCCGUAUGCUUUGGUAUAGCUAUUGUCAAUGUUAACAAGGAAUACCUAGGAGAACCACAUAUAAACGGUCUAGUUACAACCGUAAUCCAUGCUAUCAAAACGUCACUAAUAAACGUGCAAUAUGACUUUAAAAAGAGACAACCUCUGAACAAAGAAUUGACGAAAAUUAACGAAGAACUCAUCGUAAUGAGCAACAUACAGCAUGUUCUGGAACAAUUGGCCGAUUUCAAAGAGUCACAGGCGUACCGUGCUAUAGAAAGUCUAUAUGCAGAAGCUGAGCGGCAUUUCUGCUCAGGGGUAACAAAUAUCAUUUUGAAGGAUUUUAUUGACUUCACUAAGAAACAGAGUAAACAUGACGAUGGUCUAUACCAAGAGAUGCUCACAAAAAUGAAAUCACAACUCUCAGAGAAAAUGCCAUUGAUAAAACUACAUCUAAAUAGUAUACUUCUGGAACCGCAUUACACAGACACAUGCAAACAAUUGAUGGAAUCACUGAAGGAUGUACCCGAAAUGUACAUGAAGAAAUUUGGCCUUGAAAAGCCAGAUAUAGACUACGACUAUGAGACGAGUACUCUAGAUGUAGAAAAAAACAUGCUGCUAAAUAUAUGAAUGUAUUAUAUUUACAGCGUUGAGGUAGUUGUGGGAUCUGUGUCGGUACCAACGUC